CCCCUUCUGGCUCCAGGGAGGGGCCAUCCCCACGCGCACGUGGAGGGGGCGCAGCGCGGGGGAGCCAGCGAUGGAGGCGCAGCCAUGACUUUCCAGGAGGCGCACUGUGAGACCACUAUUCGAGCGCUCCUUCCCUGGAGCCUGUCCUGUUUUGAGGUGCUCCGCGUGGCGGGGGAGGGCGGCGACCCGGCGCAGCCUGAGGCGAUCGAGGCGACCCUCCUCGACGCCGGGCAGCCCACGGUCUUCGUCGCCGCUGCGAGCCUGGGCAUUGCGGGGGGCAGCGCCGGCGCGGCCAGGACUGCGGAGCUGCUGCAGCAGGGCGACGCCGCCCUGCUGCGGCGCGUGGAGCGCCUGCGCGGCGCUGGCGCUGUCCGGAUGGGUAUCGUGGAGAGGUGGGAGGACGCGGAGAGGCUUUCCCCGUACACGCCCUUCGUGGUGCUCGUCGAGGCGCCGCCGCCCGGAGCCUCGUGGGACCUCUCGGCGACCUGCGUCUUCAUGCAGCAGCUGCACAAGGCCUACCCCGUUACUGGCUCCGUCGCCACCGUGGCGGCCGCCAUGCUGCCGGGGACCGUGCCGCAUUCCGUGGCCGCGCUGGGCGGCUUCCGGGUCGACGGCGGGCUGUUGCGGAUAGGCCACCCAACCGGCGUCAUGGAGGUGCGAGGGGCCGUCCUCGACGGCGAAGCCCCGCGCCUCCUGAAGGCGUCGAUAGACCGCACGGCGCGCAGGAUAAUGGAUGGGAACGUGCACGUGCCCUGGAGCGUUUGGCCGAAGCAGUGA